CAUAUGCUGAACAAUAAGUCAGACAGUGAUCCUCUUGUGAUUGCGCGACCCAAAAAUACCUUAUACAUAGUCUGACAAGCAUGUUUGGUGAAUUCAAGCACUUUCGCCCAGGGCCCAAAGGCAGUUUUUAUUUUAGAUGGGGCCAAAUGAUUUAAGCUUCGAAGCCCGACCUUGGCAUAUUGGUACUAUUCCAUGAUUUUAGCAUCGUGGAACUGACGGAUUUUCGAUCGGUCUUUCUAUCAUUUCCCAAACAUUUCUCAAAAAUUAUCACCUCCUUUCAAUAUCUUCACAAUCUGUCAUACUUUUUCAGACCAACUUCAUCAUGACAGAUACUUCGUGGGCCGCUGAGGUUCGUAGCGAUAAAUGGUGGCAAGAUGAAGAGCCACAGCGAGCCAUCGAUAUUCUCGAGGCUCUCGUUGAUACUAACAUCGACGCGUCCUCCGCUGCGGAGCAAAUCACGUCUAUGUACAAACCAUUGGUAAAAGCAGAGCCCAGCUCUGUAGCCAUCAUAUGGGGAAUUCUAGUCCGUGCAGUUCGUGCUGUUGGUCAGAACGAGGCCGCCGCAAAGAAGCUGGUAGAUUUCGUCCUCCAUGUUCAGAAUUCUGGCGAUGUUCUAGACGAGGCGGGGGAGCAGAUCAACCUCAAUGGCCAGGCUAUUUGGCGUGAUCUACCAGAAUUUUCGUACCAUUUCCGAGAAUACGGCAUCUAUAUCGAGGACGCCGACGAUUACAAAGGCGACUGGCUCGAACAAGCAUCGCAGCUGCAGAAUGCCACCACGUUCGCAGCUCUCUUCUUAGAAGCGAGUGAUGCGAGACACAUGUCGUUCUUAGCCUCCUCCGGUCUUAUAGACGGGGUUGAAUUAGCCUAUGCACGAGAUCAAGCCGAGCGUGCCGCAAUGUUUAUUCCACCAGCUGUUAUCUGGAUCAAACUUGCUGGGAAAACCCUCCAUAAACUUUGUCAAGACCGGAUCGCACGCAACGCCACACUUGGGGUCAAGAGACCUGGUAGCGAAUGGUUGUGGAAUGGUGGAGUGGGCUUCAGCCCCGAGAGAUGGGACUUUUGGAAACGAAGGUUCGGAGAACUGGCUGGCCAGGCAGGUCUCGAUGAACAUCUACAGACGCUCGCUAGAGAGGCUGAGGCCAAGAUGGAAGAGAUUGGUGGUUGAAGCUACGGCCCUCGCGCCACGCCAGAUAUAUUCAGCACUGUAUCAAUAGCUAAACUCAUGAUAUUGCAAUUUGUUCCAUGUUCAAGUUCCAGUUACUGGAGCAAUAACACUCAAACUCCUAGAUUUUGAA